GAAGGUGUGUCCAAACUUUUGACUGGUAGUGUAUAAGGGCAUACUAAUGUAAGAAAAAAAAACAGAUUUAACCUCAAACAACAAGUGGGUACACUAUCCGCCCAAUCCUGCGACACAUACCUCCUGUCAUAAUUUGUCAUUUUGCUCACUGGCAAUUUACAGAACUUCACCCAAGUUGGUCAACAAAAAAUGUAAUACAGCUUUUGUAUGUUUGACAAGAAUAAACAUCCAGUAACCUGGAACACCUGCAGAUAAGAACUAGUGUUAAUGCUGAAGGAAUUUAUGGGUAAGGGGCUGGACGACUGUACGUAUAAGAGGGGAGAGAGUGGGUGGUCAUCCUCAGACCACCUUUACAAAAUGGGGAGAAAAAGUGGAGAAACCCUGGCAUUUUUAAUGCUGACUUUUCUUCAAGUUGCUCUGGCGUCUGAUGAUGUGGAGAUCAAGCCCUCUAUUAACCCUGCUGUGGUUGGGGACACAUUGACGCUGUCUCUGUCUCCGGCAACAUCUUUUAAAAGUGGCAGCUGGGCCGUUGGAGAGUCCCAAAUCCUCACCUGGCUCGGGGAGCAGCAGGCCGUUUUCCCCAGUCACAACGGCAGGGCGUCAGUCAACGUCCUCACUGGUGUUCUCACUCUGAGCUCUGUCAAGGUGGCAGACUCAGGUGUCUACAUUGUGCAGAGCACUGACCCCCAGCUAAAGGCCAAUACCUCCAUCACUGUUCUGGAGGCCAUUUCAAAUGUGACUUUAAAGGUAACUCCAACCAGCUUGAUGGAGUUCAACAGCUCAGCCGUCAUGACCUGCUCCGUCUCCUCUGGAUCCUCCCUCACUUUCCUCUGGAUGAACGGCAGCUCUGAUGUCACAGCAAGUGACAGAGUUCAGCUCACUAACGGCAGCUCCAUUCUCACCAUAACCAAUGUGACCCGCUAUGACCAGGGACCAUUCAAGUGUCACACAUCCAAUCCUAUCAGCAAUGGAACCAGUGGUUCAGUCAACUUAACUAUCAUCUAUGGUCCAGAUAACAUGGCCCUUACAGCCAAUGGACAGAACACAACCUCCUUCCCAGCUGGGUCCAAUCUGACCAUGCUCUGUGUGGCACAGUCCAACCCUCCAGCUCAGCUCCAGUGGGCUUUUAGAGGAGAGCUUGUUAACACUUCAGGCCCACUGUGGGAACUGAUGAGUAUCACCAAGGACCACAGUGGGCCCUAUUCCUGUCUGGCAUUCAACAAUCACACCAACUUGAACAGCACUAUCACCAAAAACAUCCUGAUAGCAACUCCUUCAUGUGGCCAGAAGAUAGAGGCCUCUCAGAACCCUUUACCAGUGGGCAGCACAGUCACACUUACCAGCAAUGCCAGUGUCACUACAGGGGCAUGGUUGUUUGACACAGAUUUCAUUGUGUUCAUUAUCCCAGGAAGUUUUAUAGUUUCCAACACUUGGGGUUCCAGGGUGACAUUCAACUCAAACACUUCUUCACUGACUAUAAGGUCACUACAGAUUCAAGACUCUGGAAAUUAUGAAUUACUGGCUUUGAAUGCUUUUAGUGCUGAGUUGACACUUUUCGUCCAAGAGCCCAUUUCAGGUGUGACUCUCAAGGCAAGUGAAACCAGCCUGGUGGAGUUCAAUGACACAGCAGUUCUCAUGUGCUCUGUGUCCAACGGCUCCUCCCUGUCUUAUGUUUGGAUGAAGGAUGGCUCUGUGAUCACAGCCAGUGAGGCAGUACAGUUCAGCGAUGGAGGUGCCACUCUCACCAUUACUAAUGUGACCCGCCAUUAUGGGGGGCAGUUCAAAUGCAAUGUGUCCAACCUUCUCGGCUCUGAAGUCAGCGCCCCUGUUAAUCUGAACAUCAGCUAUGGUCCGAGUGAUGCGACAAUGACAAUCAUGCCAGUGGGCUACAAUCAUAGAACAGGAUCCAACAUCACCCUGUCGUGUUCAGCUGACUCCAACCCUUCAGCAGGAAUCCAGUGGAUGGUAGACGGGAUGUUGUGGGCCAAUCAUGUUGGCCCACAGCUUCAACUAAAGAUGGUUACAGAGAGCGACUCAGGAAAUUACAAAUGCCUAUUUCACAACACAGUCACAAUGAGGUUCAGCAGCGCAAGUGCAAUGAUCAGGAUUGUGAAACCACUAGGAGCAGUUCAUGUGAAUAAUACAGGUGGGCCAGCAAUACUUGGUGAGGCACUCACUCUUCACUGUGAAGUGACUGGACCCGUUACCAUGAUUAAGUGGUGGAGAGACAUGCAAAAUAUUUCUGCUGACAGUUCAACAGUUUUGGACAUGGACAACAGAACACUGACUCUCAACCCAGUUCAGCUCCAUGAUGGAGGAGAGUAUCAGUGUGAGGCAAUUAAUGAAGUUAGCAAAAUGACCAGCAGCCCUUUCAAGGUUGAGGUAAACUAUGGCCCAAUGACACCAGAGAUCAGAGGGCCGUACAUGGCUCUGACAGGGGCAACAGUAAUGCUCAACUGUUCCAGCGACUCUCACCCUCACAGUGACAUCAAGUGGUACUUCAACGACUACCUGCUGGCUAAUACCUCUGAGUUAACGAUUGGACCUCUGACCUUAAACAUGAGUGGGAGAUACAUCUGCAAGGCCUACAACAGUGUCACCGGCAAAAACAACUCUGCCUACACCAUGCUGACUGUUUAUGCUCCAGUAACAACAUCAAUCAAAGCUGUUGAGGCUUACCCGAUCCAGAACCACACUUUCACUCUAACCUGUGAGACAACUGGAAGUGUUGACUCGAUUAUCUGGAUGCAUGAUUGGUUCCCAAUGUCAGCUGACCACAGAAGGACCCUCUCAAUGGACAACAACACCCUCACAUUUGAUCCGGUCAUGCACUAUGACGAUGGACACUACCAGUGUGUCGCCUACAACCCACUCAGCAACUUCACCAGUGCAAACUUCACACUGGAGGUGUUUUUUGGACCGAUGAUGCCAACCAUCGUGGGACCAAAGGCUGCAACCCUAGGAGAAAACGUCACAUUCAGAUGCGAUGCAGCUUCAAACCCUCCAAGCUCCUUCAUGUGGUUCUUCAAUGUUUCCUCUGUGGCCAGCACAUCUGAGUACAACACACCUCCUCUUACCUUCGAAAUGAUGGGGAUGUACACCUGCAUGGCCUUCAACAACAUCACCGGCAAAAACGUCACAGUGAACACAAUGCUUGCUGUCGUUUAUCCAAUCAUCGAUGUACGCAUAGAAAUGCCAAAUCAACCAGCCAUAGAAGGUCAUGUUUUUAUGCUAACAUGUGAUGUGACCGGACCUGCUCAGCAUGUUUACUGGAUGAAGGAUGGUGUGCCACUGCAUGGAGACAACAGGACAACUUUCAGCAUGAAUAACAAGAAUGUCACCUUCAACCCUGUAUACUACAAUGACACUGGAAAGUAUCAGUGUGUCGCCUUUAAUGCUGCUGUGAACAAGACCAGCCCUCCAGCCAUGCUCUAUGUGAACUUUGGACCAGAAACACCAAUCAUUAAAGGUCCAUCAUAUGCUGAGGCUGGGCAGCAAGUGUACUUCCACUGCUCUGCCCAUUCGAUGCCUCCAAGUCACUACACUUGGUGGUACAAUGGCUCGGAGGUGGCUAAUACUUCAAUGUUUAGAACCAGCCCUUUGACUCUCAAUAUGAGCGGAGAAUACGCGUGUAGGGCUUACAAUAAUGUCACAGGGAAAAACAGCACAAACUCCCAGAUGCUCACAGUCAUUGAAGCUGUAGAAUCACUCGUGAUCACUCACAACACAAUUCCAAUACAAACUAAAAACUUCACCCUCACCUGUGAAGUGACUGGGCCCUAUGAUAGCAUCUACUGGAUGAAGGACAACGUGAACCUCAGCGCCAAAGCCUUCCCAGAUACACAUAUGUUCUAUUAUCACACUGAAGACAACAUGCUGCAUUUUCUUCCACUGACCAGUAAUGAUGAUGGGAUGUACCAGUGUGUUGCUUCCACUAAGGCCUUAAAUCAUCUCAGCAACCCAUACACUCUCCUGGGCAACUAUGGUCCUCUGUCUAUGCAUAUUAUUGCUCUAGAUUCAGCACCGAUUGGCAUUACCAUGCUCAUGAAAUGCGUCACUGAUUCCCGUCCAGACUGUGAGUACAUCUGGUUCCACAAUGAUUUAAACGAGCCUCUAAUGGCUGGCUCUAUUCUCAGUUUUCCUGUGACAAACGAGAGCGACGGGAACUACAUAUGCAGAGCAACGAACCCUGUGACCAAUAUCACAUUGUACCAGGCUAAACUAUUCACUGCUCAUGCUGUUGGCCUCCACACCCAACCCAAAGCUGCUCUCAUGAUGAUGGGUCUGCUUGCCUUGUCUAUGAAUGUGUUCUUCAACUGAAUCUCCACAGUGAGCAACACAAUCAGAAUGACAGGCCUCUUGCUCCCUCUGCUGGCUUUGUCAACAACCUGAAAUGAACAGGAGAUACUGUGUGUACAAUACUCUGCUGCCAUUAUGAGAAUUAAAAUCUGUAACAAUCUUUGAUUCAUGUUAGAAAUGUAGGUGUGAUAUUUCACAUAUUUUUAUAAGCAUACGAUACAAUUACUCUUAUGGUGAAGCGGCAAAUAAUAUUCAUGUAUUAUAUUGCUGUUUGGGUUUAUUAUGUUGAAUGUAUUCAUUAUGGGUAAGUAAGAGUAGUUCUGAUAUUGUGGUGACUGGUUUUUUUCCCCUUUUCUCCCCUAAACUAGUUUGAGUAUAGUAAUGCACUUUAUGUGUACGGAGUGGAAACAAUGCAAGUCUGCAAGUCUAUCUGGAAUGCCUCUGUGUUUGUUACAAAUUGCACUAAUUCAUCCUGAUUACCUGCAGCUUUUUUGUAAAGUGCAAUAAUGUGUUAAC